CCGGCUGGUUUCAAUUAGAGAAGUUCGAGUAGAGUGAAGAAAAUGGUACUUUCCUACGCUAACAAAGGAAUGAUUUCCAAAGCCUUCGUUCUGGUAUUUUUCACGCCAUUCAUACACGGAGCCCGGCUCGUCAAAACGGAAAUCCCCGAAAGUACCACGUUGAAAUUAAACGAAACAACAGAAACGACGGAGAAAACCGCCACCGAAGCGACCGCCCCGUCCACCGAAGCCUUCGUUAAUUUUUCAGCGCCGGAAUUAUCGAGCGAGGAAGCCUACGCGUCCGAGAGGAACGCUUGCUAUCAGUGCCAGUACGAGCAACAGUUCGAAAAUACCGUGUUCAAAAUGUUGUACAAUCACUCCGAAUUGAAGAACGCCGCCGUGGACGCUUGUUCCAGAUGCAGGGAGGCCGACGAUUUCUCCAACAACAGGAAAUCUUUAGGUUGCGUUUGCGGGAUUUACACCGUGCCAUCGGCUUCGUUUAAAGACGUACCGCUCCGGACUAAGAUGUACCACAAUGUGACCUGCCACGAGCAAGUGCCGUUCGAAGAGGCUUGCAAGAAGAUCUGCAUUUUGGGCGCUCUAUCGUACAACGAAUUGGAGCCCAUCACGUUGUGUUUCCAUCUAACAGAAGCUACGAACGUGAAGGCUUACGUGCAAUCGAAAUCGUGCAGAGGAGACGAUGAAUGGACUUUCACCGGAUUGAUUUCGCCGAAUUCGAUUUGCUGCGACCAAGGAAUGCCCAUUAGAUGUUGAUAUCCCUCUUUUAUGUUUAAUAUAAGUAAGCGUUAUGAUGAUUUGGUAUAGGAGAUUAUUUUUGAAAUAAAGAUUUAUCGAUA